AUUGAUACCGGACUAUGGCGAGGCAGUGGGCGACGGCGUGUCCUCUGCGACUUGCUUGGAAACCUUCGAGCGUUUCUUUCUGAACAACUUCGCGGACAAGGAGAGCUAUCAUACAUUCAGUACCGAGUUUGUAUAGGCAGUAGCAUAUUCAUGUAUCAACCGACUACCAUCAUAUCAUAUCUUUGAGCAUCGCAUCUUAUCCGCGCGAGAUAACUUCGACUUAAGUUUGAUCAGCCAGAUAUGGCAGCAAUAUCGGCGUUCACGUCUGGAAUUUCUGUUCCACCAAUCGCGUUGCUCCAUCACCAGCGUCGUAAGCUCUCCGUAAUCAUUAAUCUUCUUUUUGACAAGCGAAAAUUAUGGGUCUUUUGCUGAUGUACUUCAUCAUGUAAUCUAACAUGGAUGUGGGCGGAGCGCUCAAUGUGUUAGUAAAUAUAGACCUCAAGUGUAGCGAUAGGGCCUCUCCAUCUCCCAUAUCAUAUCAUGCAGAAGUUCAUCCCCUCUGUACUAUGGGCCCUCGGGGCCCUAUUCAAUGGUCCGGCUUGGUUGCUGCGGAAAGCAAUCAGCAUAUUCAACGACUGGAACAAGUCCCCGCCAACCUCGGACCUACCUUCAUACCAGCUUUCGCCACCGCGGCGUCCAGCAGUCGAAAGCUACCAGACCCCUUCCCCGCUUCGGCCACCUCCCCAUCGGCCUUCUCGUCGACCGUUACUCCCUACACAACCCACACCCUUUGUAUCUCCUGAUGUUGUUCCGGUGACUGCACCUCGACCACAUCGUUCUCCUACUGCAAGAGCGCCAGAUUUUGAUGUGGCGCCUGUAGUGAUUGACCCGGACGAAGAACCAGCGUCUCUUCGUCUCAAAGCCAGAAAUGAGGGAGAACAGAUGGACAAAUGCUUCAAGGAGAGCAAAGAAGCGAGAGCUGGCAACGACCGACAGCGCGCUGGACAGCUUUCGCAGAAGGGUGGGGCGCACAAAGAAAACAUGGAGCGCUUAGAUAAGGAAGCCAGCGCGAAGAUAUUUCAAGAAAAUAACCGAAAGCACAGGUCCACCAAUACGGUUGAUCUCCACAGACUCUAUGUCCAAGAAGCCCUGUUCUAUUUCAACGACGCUGUUCAAGGGGGUCAAGACCGUGGAGAAUCAUCACUUCGUGUGAUCGUAGGAAAGGGAAAUCACUCCGAAAAUAACAUACCGAAGAUCAAACCUGCGAUCCAGGAUCGUGCUGGAAGUUUGGGUCUACACGUUGAAGUAGAUCCUCGCAAUGAUGGCUGCCUUGUUGUGAGUCUUAACUGAAGCUAACGGCAAUUUUAUUGCGAUGACCACGUACCCACAUGGUUUUUUUGUGCUGUCUUUCUCUUUUUCAUACCCAAGUGUACGAUACUGUACGUAUAGGAAGUGUUUUGGUGUUGUGUAUAAUGAUGUAAAUAUUACAUGGAUUCCGAUUUACCUAAAAAAGGCGGUGUCCAUUGUU